AUGACACUUCGGAGGCUCACACACGACUUGCAGCGGAAUAUUAAGCUGAAACACGCCAAUCUGUUACCUUUGCUGGGUAUAACUCAAGGGUUUGGUCCACUGCCUGCCAUCGUCUCCCCAUGGAUGAAAAAUGGCUCACUUACCAUGCUCCUGCAACGUGAUUUCCAGCAAAUCACUCUCCCUCGAAAACUCCAAAUCCUCAAAGAUGUCGCUUCAGCUCUUCAGUACUUACAUGGUGAUCUCACCGGCGUGAGUACCACAGAUAUCUCCUUCAAAACAAUUAUUGACGCGACUCAGAACAACAUUCUCAUCAAUGAGACCAGAAACACCUUUGUGGCUGACCAUGGGAUUCUCGUUUGUUGUGCCGAACUCAAUGGCACGUCAUACAUCAGAAGCAAUGUGCGAUGGGCUGCACCUGAACUCUUUGAAGUUCCGGAAGAUGAGAAGUCAAUAAACCCGCCCCAAAUGGCAUCAGACAUCUAUUCUUUCAGGUGCAUCAUAUCGCAGGUCUUCACAGGAAAGGUUCCGUAUUCCGAAUUUCGGGAUGACCAUGAAGUUACAGUACAGAUACUCAGAGGCCGAAAGCCUGCCAGACCAAUGACUUCAUCCAUCACCGAUACUCUAUGGGAUUUCACGCAGAAGUGCUGGCUUGAUAAAUCGGAACAACGGCCUUCAGCCAACGGAGUCCUGACAUUUAUACAAGGACAGCUAGAGGAAAGCUCCUGCUCUCAUGCGACUCGUGAUGCCACGGCAGUUUCCUAGCUUUGUAUGUUAUAUGCUCUGU